AUGAACAGGAUUGAGAGGAAAGAAAAGAUGCACGUAUCUCAACAGAUCGAGCAAACAACAAAAUACAGCACGGACUACGGAGGGCAUUGCAGGAAAACUGCAAAACCCAACACCGGUGGGUCCGGUGACCUGCAGAGACUGCAAACAUCGCGAUCAUCCGACAGAACAACAGCCGAAGACAAAACUCUGAGAUACGAGAGGGAAGCGGCACUACACGUGGCGACUCUUUCCACUCCAAUCACUUUAUGUGGAUACCGCCACACAGUGGCAGGCGUGCCCCGGGACAUUAGUAGGAAACCCUGCACAGCAAGGUUGGUCACCGUCCGGGUGAUCGCGAUUGAGAGCAAAAGGGCCGGUCGAGGAUGCGGAGGCCAAUACAGACGCCACUGA